AUGAAUGCGUCGACCAUCACAGUCCAUUGGCAUGACGAUAACCAGCCUAUAUACUCUGCGACUUUCCAACCUGGGGUAGAAGGAUCCCGAUUGGUUACUGGAGGUGGAGAUAAUAAUAUUAGAAUAUGGAGUAUCAAUCAUAAACAUAUAGAAACUAGUCAAUCUAAUGGCCAAGUCCAACCCAAUACAAAUGUUGAAUAUCUUAGUACAUUACGAAAACAUACUCAGGCAGUAAAUAUUGUGAGAUUCAAUAAAGCAGGUACUCUUCUUGCUUCAGCAGGAGAUGAUGGAACCGUAAUGAUAUGGCAAAUGUCGAAUCAAAUCAUACGAGAUUUUGAACUGCAGGGGGAUAAUGAAGAGGAUGAUGAUGUAAAAGAAUCAUGGAGAGUAAUCUUACAGUUAAGAUCAUCAAUGUCUGAAAUCAAUGAUAUUUGUUGGUCUCCUAAUGAUGAAUAUAUUGUAACUGGAUCAAUGGACAAUACAUUAAGAAUUUAUCAAUUAGAUUUUCAAGAUAUUUCUAAUCAUAGGUUAAAUGGGAAAUUGGUGUAUACAUUUAAAAAUCACUCACAUUAUAUCCAAGGGGUUACAUGGGAUCCUCAGAAUGAUUUUAUAGCAAGUCAAUCAUCUGAUAGAAGUGUUGUAAUAUAUAAGAUAAUUCAUGCACCUGAUGGUACCAUUAAGGAUGUCAAGUACUCCAACAAAUUAUUAAAAUACAAUAAUCAUUUCAUGUACUAUCCUGAAACAUUACAGUCAUUUUUCCGAAGAUUGAAUUUUUCACCUGAUGGAAGUUUAUUAAUUACUCCUUGUGGAAUUGAAGAAGUUUCUAAUACAUCAACAGCUAUAACUUCUUCCAAUUCUAUUAAGAAUUCCGUAUAUAUAUAUAGCAGAAAGAGUCUAGGUAAUUCACCAAUAUUUAAAUUAUCAGGGUUGAAUAAACCAGCUACAGCCAUAUCAUUUAAUCCCAAAUUAUAUAAAUUACAUCCAACAGAAUUAUCAUCGCCAAAAUUGUCAAUGCCCUACAAGAUGGUUUUUGCUGUGGCGACACAAGACUCAGUAGUCAUUUAUGAUACUAUAAAUUUCAAGCCAUUAGGGUAUAUUUGUAACAUGCAUUACAGUUAUAUUACUGAUGUAGCAUGGGACCCUACUGGAGAAACAAUAAUUGUAUCAUCAACAGAUGGAUUCUGUUCAAUUGUUUCAUUUGAUAAAGGAGCAUUUGGUGAUCCAUAUGUGGCACAACCUGAGCCUGUAAAGGGAGAAAAUGAGGUAUCAGAUGAAGCGAAAGAAGAAGAAAAGAACAAAGUGACCAUUCAAGAUACAAAUAUUGAUGUAGGGGAAGUUGUCGAUAUAGACAUGAAAGAAGAAAAGGAAAUAACACCAGAUACUGAAUCCAAUAAAGAGAAUUCGAUAGAAGAAGCUCCAUCUACAGUGAAGACUAUAGAUCAAUUUUUUGUUAAAGUGGCUGCUGAUGAUGUAAAGAAAGACAAAUCAAAGCGUAGAAUUGUACCAACAUUGAUAACUUAG